AACAUAUCCAUAUCACGGAAGGUACCGCGGUCGCUCAAAUAUCGCAAAUCACAGUCGAAUAUAAGAAAUUCGAUUCGUAAAUAAUAACGAGUUAUUAUCGGAAACACAAAACAUCAACAGAUACAAUAAUCGUGAUUUUUAUCAAAUAAAUUAAUUGUGGAUUUUUGAAGAAAAAAAAAAGAAUUUUUGUUUGUAUAUUGAGUGAUAUAAAAGUUUAACUGUUUUCGUCCGGUCAGUGUUUGAUGAAAAGACCAUAACGUGACGUUUUACCCGUAAUAACUCAUACAAUCUACACACAUGCACAUACUUUUAUAUUGAUACGGCAAUAAGAGUAACGUAAGAGUACGACAACGACGACGGACGUCCAAAACCAAAUCAAAAUCGAAAUCGAACCGAUCCGAUCCGUUGACGUGGGGAGGGGUAGGCGAAUAACAGAAAACAGAAAACAGACUGUGUGAUGGAUGAGUGAAGUAUAUGCCUAUGUAAUGCACGCAUAUAUACAUAUACAUAUAUGUAUUUCAAUUAUUAUGACGACGAUGAUGAUGAUGAGCACCUAGAGUUAUUAUUCGUUUAUUCGAAAAUAAUGAUGACAGUUGAUGACGGCAACGUGCAGUGUAAACACACAUCAUAAUCACAACACCACACAAAAUAAUAACACACUCGAUAUUUUUUCUAUAAUAAAUAAUAAAUUAUUGUUUAUUAAAAUUUAAAUUAAAAAAAAUUAUUUCUUACUUUUUUUUAUGAAAUAAUUCCUACCUACCUACCAAUCUUUUUUGUAUAAAUAACAGUGUUUUUGUGGGAAAGAAAAUAUUGAAACUCAUGCAACCGGUAUCGCGUAUUCUGACACAACAAACAAAAGAAAGGAUAUUUUUGUGAUUUUAAGAAAAAUAGGUAAUAAAAAAAUAUAAAUUUUUAUUACUGAAAUAAAAAUUAUGAAGUGAAGUGAAACGCGAGAUUGAAAAAAAUGGAUUAAACAAAAAAUGAAGCGAGGAUUUAAAUUUAAUUUUUCGAGAUGAUACUUCGAAAGCAUUAAUAAAAAACCUUCGGGGACAAUAAAAGUUAAAAAAAUAAAUAAAAAUACAGAAAAAUCAAACGGAAGAAAAUAAAAGUGCGGUUACGGGUUCGUUUAUUUGUUUCCUCAGUUUGAUACGUUUUUUUUAUAUUUUUAUUGAAAAAUCGGAAUAAUUUGCAUCAUAACACAAAAGUUUCCGGUUUUUUGUUCUGACAAAACGAGAGAAUAAUUUUUAAAUGAAAAAUAAUUUUGCUACUUUAUUGGGUGAAAUGCGAAGUGAUUUAAAAGAUAAUACAGAUACUAUCAAUAAAAUGAUACAAUUUGGAACUGUUAAAUAUGGAAUUGUUAAGCAGCUUAAAGACCGAACGAGAUCUGAACGAGAUUUAACCAGUGACCAAGAAGAUAUUGGCUCAUGUUCACCCAGUUGCAAGUCAAAUAGUCCUGAUAUUCAAAUGCAAUCACAACAUUCGCCCGCAGCUGAUGCUGAUGAAGAAAUCGAUGCAACAAUAACUGCUGGUGCUAGUGUUGCCGCUUUUAAUUUAGCCGAUACCCGAAAAAUGUUAGAUAAUCAACAUCAUCAUCAUGAUCACAUGCAUCAUUUGAAUCACCUGAAUCCAUUUAGUCAUUUAAGCAGCAAUCAAAAUACUAGUUUAAAUCAUCAUUUGGAAGAUCACAAUCACAAUCAUAACAAUAACAAUAGCCUAAUGUCACCGUUAGAUAGCAACGAUGUGCAUGCCCAUGCCAAUGCCCAAUUGCCUCUAAAUCACCAUCAUCAUCAGCAGCAACAGCAGCAGCAAUCGGAGGUGAUGGGUGGAGGCUUGAAAGGCGGUGAACAACAUACAUAUCUCCAGGAAAUUGAAAGAAUAAAUACAAAACUACCAUCACCGACACCACCUGAUCUUGAGAUUAAUAAUCAGCCUUUCGAUAGGCGAUCGCCGGAGUUGGUGGUCGGAGUGGAAACUCUUAAAGAACAGCAGCUAGAAAGCGAGAAGACUGAUGAAAAGGAACAGAUUCAGGCGCCUAAGGAGGUAGAGAAGACUGUUCCCAUGACAAUGGAUACAGAACAGAGAGUUCCCACACCGACUGGAGAUGAUAAACCCAAUGAAGAAGACUGUGUGGAGGAAGAGAAUCGACCCAUCUCGUCGCCACCGGUAGGUAGUCCGCCUCUGCAAAUGCCACAGUUCCCCGCUCCAGGUCCGGUUACUCUGGAAGCGAUACAAAAUAUGCAGAUGGCCAUUGCCCAAUUCGCCGCAAAGACGAUUGCGAAUGGAAAUGCUGGUGCCGACAAUGAGGCAGCCAUGAAACAGCUGGCAUUCUUGCAGCAGACGCUUUUCAAUCUGCAGCAACAACAAUUGUUCCAGAUCCAGUUAAUUCAGCAGCUGCAGUCGCAGCUUGCGAUGAACCAAGGAGGUAAGAGUGAAAAUGAGGGCGAAGAAGAGAACGAAGAUAUCGAGCUAGAUCAAGAGCGUGACAGAGACAGAGACCAGGAUGAUGACCAAGAACUCGAACCCGGUGAGAUCCUGGUAAAACGCGAGAGGCUAGACGACGAAGUCCGCUGCCAGGACGAGGAAAUGCAGGCUUCAAACCACAGCGAGUCAAACAACAAUGAAUCGCUGAAGCGAAAACGUGAAGAGUACGAUGAGUAUAGUAGAAACAAUUCGCUGCAAAUGCUCGCGAGCAUGAAACAGGACGAAAAUAUGCCGCUGCCUUUCGGCAAUGACUUGGCCUCGAGUAUAAUCACCAAUCACGAUGAUCUUCCAUCGCUUGAUGAGCCCAAUUCGCUGGAGAUGCUUCAGCGAAGAGCUCAGGAAGUACUUGAUUCUGCUUCGCAGGGAAUCUUAGCGAAUAAUUUGGCUGAUGAGUAUGCCUUUGGCAAGGAUGGCAAGACAGCCGAUGGCAAGAGCCGCAAUGAACCGUUCUUUAAACACCGCUGUCGAUAUUGCGGCAAGGUGUUCGGUUCGGAUUCGGCAUUACAAAUUCACAUUCGCUCUCACACCGGAGAGCGACCGUUCAAGUGCAAUGUUUGUGGAAGUCGCUUCACCACCAAGGGUAAUCUGAAAGUGCACUUCCAGCGGCACGCACAUAAGUUCCCCCAUAUUCCUAUGAAUGCAACACCCAUUCCCGAGCACCUCGACAAAUUCCAUCCACCAUUGUUGGAGCAGAUGUCGCCGGACAGUUCACCAACUCACCAGCCACAGAUGCCGCAACAAAUGCCUCCCGUUUCAUUGCCUCUACCAUUCCCACCAAAUGCAGGCUAUCCCGGACUUCCUGGCCUCUAUCGUCCACCGUUAGAUAUCCUGAAGACACUUGGACCAUACCCGAAUCCAUUUUUCCCAUCCCUGCCGCAUUUGCCACCAGCCAUGGCAGCAGCAUUAAAACGUGAUCAAGAACUGCCAACCGACCUUCGCAAGCCGUCGGCUCCCAAUUCACCGGAACAGGUGAAGGAACCCGAAGUCGAGGAGGAACGGGCCAACACCAGAAGUGUCACUCCACCACCAACUGAAGAACCAUUAAGCUUAAAAAUCAAACAAGAAACAGUCCAGGAGGAGAAUGAACUAUCACGCGAUAGUCCUCCAACAGUCACCCCGCCACCACUGGCACCACCUUCUAUACCUGUCCCCCCGCCUGCUCCUGUAACACAGCCGUCACCACCAACACCGAUAAUCUCCGUACGGCCGUUGGCUCCUCCAACACCACCAACUCCUACGAAAUCAGCUUUGCCUCCAGUUAUUCUACCACAGCAGCCAGCGAUACAUCCUCAACCAUCGCCGGGGCCAAUUCCACCCCAAAAUAUUGAACUUCUUCCAACUCCCGGACAACUACCUCCAUCGUUUCAUCGAGAUGACUUCUUUGCCGAUCGGUUUCCCCUUAACUUCACAAGAACUUCUCCUGAUCGCCGGUCACCGAUCCGUAGUCCAGCAAGCAUCCCGCGGUCACCGUUCUUCGGAGCAGCCAUGAAACAUGAAAUGGCCUUGCUACCAAGACCACACAGCAAUGACAACUCAUGGGAAAACUUCAUCGAAGUGUCCAAUACUUCGGAGACUCUAAAGCUUAAGGAAAUGAUGAAGAACAAGAAGCUCACGGACCCCAAUCAAUGUGUGGUAUGUGAUCGAGUGUUGUCCUGCAAAAGUGCCUUGCAAAUGCACUAUCGAACGCAUACCGGUGAACGGCCCUUCAAGUGCCGUAUUUGUGGUCGGGCUUUUACGACCAAGGGCAAUCUGAAGACCCAUAUGGCAGUGCAUAAAAUUCGUCCACCAAUGCGGAAUUUCCACCAGUGCCCUGUAUGCCACAAGAAGUACUCCAAUGCCUUGGUGUUGCAGCAACACAUCCGGCUGCACACUGGUGAGCCCACUGACCUGACGCCGGAACAAAUUCAAGCAGCGGAAAUUCGAGAUCCACCACCGUCGAUGAUGCCAGGAGCAUUCCUCAAUCCGUUCGCUUUUCAUUUUGGUGCCAUGGGACCUGGAGGUCCUCAUAAUGGAGCCAUGGGAUCUGAGUCAUCUCAGGGUGAUAUGGAUGAUAAUAUGGAUUGCAGCGAUGACUUCGACGAUGAUGUCUCCUCGGAACAUAUGUCUUCGAUUCACGAUGAAUCUAUAGACCGCCCGAAGUCCGGAGACGACAUGAAAGGAAUGUUGUUCGAGCAGAAGCUCAAAAUCGAGGCCAACACCACCUCGGCACCUUCGAGUCCAACGGAAAAUACCCCUUCGAUCAAACCACCGGCAUCUCCUGAAGACAGUUCCGGUGCCUUGGAUCUUACACCAAGGUCUCAGUUGAAUCAACAACAGCCAGCCCCAGCACCCGUAAAGGUACCAACUCCUCCAACACCACCUCAAUCAAAUUCCCAACCAUCACCUCAACAACAGACACCCCAACAACCACCACAGCCUCCACCGCCACCACCACCACAGCAACACAGCCCGAUUGCUCCCAGUCAUCCGAACAUGUUCCUUCACCACCAGCAACAUCUCCACCAGCAACUCCACCAUCAUCACCAACAACAACAGCAUCAGCAACAUCUACACCAACAACGGCAGCAACAAGAAGCUCAGCAACAACAGCAAUCCCAACAACAGCAGCAGCAACAACACCACGCCCUACAACCUCCACCACCACCUCAACCAAAUCCGGCCAUGAUAUCCGCUCGCCCGCCAUUCGGAAUGUUCCCCAACAUUCCGCUCUUUCCGCCAGCAACAACACAAAACAUGUGCACCGCUAUGAAUUCUAUCGCUCAGUCUGUGAUGCCAGCGGCACCCUUCAAUCCACUAGCACUUUCGGGCGUCAGAGGGAGCACAACUUGCGGUAUCUGCUUCAAAACAUUCCCAUGCCAUUCGGCUUUAGAAAUCCACUAUAGGAGUCAUACCAAAGAGCGACCAUUUAAAUGCUCGAUUUGUGAUCGAGGUUUUACAACUAAGGGCAAUCUUAAACAACAUAUGCUAACGCAUAAAAUUCGGGACAUGGAGCAAGAGACUUUUAGAAAUAGAGCUGUCAAGUAUAUGAGCGGCUGGAAAGAAGAAUACGAAUAAAAUCAAUUUUCAAACAAUUUUGAAAUCCCAAAAAGUUGAUCCUGUGAGCCAUCGAAAGGAAUCCUUUUAAUAUUGCUCCAUUCCCGCUAGUGAUUUUCUCAAACAAAAUGCUUACGUUGUCGCUUUAAAAUGAUCUCAUUUAAUUCCUCUAAGAACAAACCUUAAACUUCAAAGCAAAGGUUAUCUUCAAAAAAACAUUCUGAACACUGAAAAAUGAAGGUAAAUGUUGAUGGUACUACAAAUAAAUAAUUUAUUUAAUAUAAGAACAAAUUUGCCAUCUACAUAUACAAAAAUUAUAUUGGAUGUAUCAAAAAAUAAGAAGAAUCUAUAAAAUAAUGAACAAUCGUUUCAUAGACAAACAAAUGUUUAAACAAAAAGAGGAAAUAAAACAAUUAAUUACUCAUAAACAACAAAAUAAAAAUCUCAUUAUUACUGGUUUCAUAAGCAGAACAAUCCGACUCGUUUAUUAAAACGAAGAAAAAGAAUAUUAAAUUAGCAUAAAAGCUGGCAAAAUAAUAAUUUUUAAUUUUUCAUCUCUCAAAAAUAAUUUUAAAUUAUUCUACAAAUCAUCGGCGACAAAAGAUGAAAAUUUAAACAAAGUAUUUUUAUUGUUGUUUCAUCUCUUGAUAAUCUUGUUUAUGAGUGAAUUAUUUGAUUUAAUUUUCUUUUGUUCUUAUAAAAAGAUAUCCGAGCGAGAAUCUUAAGAGAAAAGAAAAAGACAAACUAAAAUUACAAAAACAAAACAAAAAACUAUUAAAUGAAACGUAUCCAAAGAUGCAUGCAAUGUGUGAUUUCAAAUAAAACAAAAAUAAAAUAAAAACAAAUUAUUAGAACGCCAGACAAGAGACUGAUUUCGUUUCAUUUAACAUUAGAAAAAUUCUCAGACUACUUAAAAAUCAUACAAAUUAAACAAAAACAAAAAAACAAGCAAACAAUUCUUUGAGCAGACAAAAUAAAUGUAACUUAAAAUCAAAAAUCGAAUUUAAUAAAAAUCUAAAUUCAUCGCCGCCGGCCAAAUCGUCGUCAUAAGAAAAAUAUUAUUUUGUAUCAAAUAGAAAGUGCAAUAAAAAUUUUAAAAUAAAAUUUAUAAAAUUAUUUCGGCGAACAACCAAAAUAUUGUAAAAAUGUAUAAAAACUUAUUUUCACUGUCUCCUUAUAAAACAAAUAAAAACAAAAACAAAAACACUAUAUAAAUUCUUCGUCAUUGCUUUUGUAGAUAAAAAUAUGAAAAAAACAAAAAUAAAAUAUCCGGUCGAUGUAAUAUAAUAAUAAAUAUUAUUUAUAAGCACGAAAAUGAAACGAGAAAAAAAUAAUUAAAUUUAAAUAUAAAAUUCAAAAAUAAGAUUAAAUAAAAAUUAAAU